AUGUCCCGAUACGCUGAAGCUUUCGAGAACCCUCGAGGACCUGGCGACGCUCGCCCUACGGCUCUACAAAUAAUCCAAGAUAAAGACCUCGGUGGUAAACUCACAGGCAAGACGAUCCUCUUGGCCGGCGCGAACCAAGGCAUUGGCCUCAAGACCUUCCAUGUGCUCUAUGAGACGCGCGCCGCCGUGUUCUCGGACGUCCGGAGCCGCGAAAAGAGCAAAAAAAGCAAUCGCCAACAUAACCGCCGCUUCCAAGGAAUCCGAAACCUCCGGAACGCUCUUAAAAGGCAUAUUGGCACCAACCACCUGGCCCACUUCUUCCUCUUCCAGCUCCUCAAGCCAACCCUCCUCGCGGCAGCCACCCCGGACUCCUGCUCCCGCGUCGUCUCCGUCUCGUCCAUGGCCCACCGCGCCAGCAACAUCCGCUUCUACGACGUCAACUUUGGCGAGUAG